AUGAGAGAACGUAUCUUUACAUUAGCUUCGCUGCUUCUUGUAGCUUUGGUUUCGUUUCAGAGUCUCUGCUACUGUGACGAGCAAACGGUCCUGUAUGAAUCUUUUGACGAGCCUUUUGAUGGUCGCUGGAUCGUAUCAGAGAAAGAGGAGUAUCAAGGUGUGUGGAAGCAUGAGAAGAGUGAAGGGCAUGAUGAUUAUGGACUUGUAGUGAGUGAGAAAGCUAGAAAAUACGGGAUAGUGAAAGUGCUUGAUGAGCCAUUAGACCUCAAGGAAGGAACUGUUGUUCUACAAUAUGAAGCUCGUUUCCAAGAAGGGCUUGAGUGUGGUGGUGCUUACAUUAAGUACCUUCGUCCUCAAGAAUCUGGUUGGGUUCCUCAAGGUUUUGAUAAUGAGUCUCCUUACUCUAUCAUGUUUGGACCUGACAAGUGUGGUGCUACGAACAAGGUUCAUUUCAUUUUGAAACACAAGAAUCCGAAGAGCGGCGAGUAUGUGGAGCAUCAUCUCAAGUUUCCACCUUCUGUUCCGUAUGAUAAGCUUACUCAUGUCUACACUGCAAUCUUGAAACCUGACAAUGAAGUGAGGAUUUUGGUUGAUGGCGAGGAGAAGAAGAAGGGUAAUUUGCUGUCGUCUGAAGACUUUGAGCCUCCGUUGAUCCCUUCCAAGACGAUUCCUGAUCCGGAAGACAAGAAACCGGAAGACUGGGACGAGAGAGCCAAGAUUCCUGAUCCUAACGCUGUGAAGCCUGAAGACUGGGAUGAGGAUGCACCUAUGGAGAUCGAAGAUGAGGAAGCUGAGAAACCCGAAGGAUGGUUGGAUGACGAGCCUGAAGAGGUCGAUGACCCCGAGGCAAGUAAGCCGGAAGAUUGGGAUGAUGAGGAAGAUGGUGAGUGGGAGGCUCCUAAGGUUUCAAACCCCAAGUGUGAGGCAGCACCCGGAUGUGGCGAAUGGAAGAGACCGAUGAAGAGGAACCCUGCUUAUAAGGGCAAAUGGAGCACGCCUCUUAUAGAUAACCCUGCUUACAAGGGAAUUUGGAAACCAAGAGACAUUCCAAACCCUGACUAUUUUGAGCUUGACAGGCCGGAUUUCGAACCCAUUGCUGCCAUUGGUAUUGAGAUUUGGACAAUGCAAGACGGUAUCUUAUUUGACAACGUCUUGAUAGCUAAAGACGAGAAGGUUGCAGAGACCUACAGACAAACAACUUGGAAGCCCAAGUUUGAUGUUGAGAAAGAGAUUCAAAAAGCAGAGGAUGAAGCUGCUGGUGAAACAGAUGGUCUCAAGAGCUACCAGAAGAAAGUGUUCGACCUCUUGUACAAGGUUGCAGACAUUUCUUUCCCAAGUGCUUACAAGUCAAAGAUCCUGGAACUCAUUGAGAAAGCUGAAACACAGCCAAACUUAACCAUCGGUGUCCUCAUUUCCCUGGUGGUGGUCUUCCUAUCUCUCUUCUUAAAGCUUGUGUUUGGUGGUUCAAAGGCUAAAGUGGAAAAGAAGACGCUGGAAGCAGCAACAGAGACCUCGACGAGCGAGGUAAAGACGGAGGAGAAGGAAGAGACAGCGGCUGCACCAAGAAAGAGGCAGACGAGGCGUGAGAGUUAG